AUGAAACAACGACAGAUGUCGAGCUGGACUCGAACAAGACCGUACUCACCCUUCAACAUGAGCAGCCAAAACCCACAAGUGACCCGAUUCUGUUGGCAGUGCCUGCAGUUGGAUGCCGCACCAGAAUAUCCAGACGGUGAGGUCCUUUGCCUCGAUGCGGUCCAAGAGGAAAUCUACAAGAAGCUGUUUGGCCAUGAUAUCGCAUUCCCGCUUCCUCCCCGCUAUGGGCUAAAAGUGCUCAAGGAGUUGACGUCGAGAAUCGAACGCUCUAUCGUGGACUGGGAGGAGCAUGGAAUAUCAGAUAAUCUCAUGACCACCAUGUCUGAGUUGUUAUCUGUUCCAUUGCCUUCAGAGGUGGUGGCUGCCCAGCAAAAGUGCCAUGUGGCAUACCACCUUUCCCUGCUCCAGGAACCCAGUGAUGCAGCUGUGGUCUUGCUGGAAUCUCGUUCCAUUAUCUCGGGUUCAGGGACAACAGGCCUACGAACAUGGGAGGCAGCAUUGCACAUGGGCCAGUAUCUCUGCGCCAACCCAACACUUGUCAAGGGGAAGCGUCUGCUAGAGCUCGGGACUGGAACAGGAUACGUUGCCAUCUUGUGUGCCAAAUAUCUCGGCGCAGAACAUGUCAUUGCCUCGGACGGUUCUGAAGAUGUGGUGAAUAACCUCCCAGACAACCUUUUCAUCAACGGUCUUCAGGGCACAGACAGGGUGUCUGUCUCUGAGCUCAGAUGGGGCCAUGCUUUGCUGGGGACCGAAGAGGAGGAAUGGAACGGUGGAAGAGAGGUCGACGUCGUGCUUGGAGCUGACAUCACGUACGACGCGAGUGUAAUUCCCGCGCUGGUGGCAACGCUGCAGAACCUCGUUGCUAUAUCGCCUGGCGUGGUCAUUCUGAUUGCGGCAACAGAGCGGAACAGAGCGACAUUCGAGAGCUUCUUGGAGGUCUGUCAGAAGCGCGGGUUCCAUGUCCAUUAUGAACUGUUUCCAGUGCUGCCUAGGCCGGAGCAGAGAGGGCCAUUUUAUAAUGACGCCACCCCUAUACACAUUUGCCAAUUGACGGUUGCAUGA